UCUUUCUGUGUUCACGCAGGCGGAGCUAGACUUGGAGAAGGGAUUGGAGAUGAGGAAAAGGGUGUUGUCUGGAAUCCUGGCCAGUGAAGAGACCUACCUCAGCCAUCUGGAAGCGCUGUUACUGCCCAUGAAGCCCCUGAAAGCAGCAGCCACCACCUCCCAGCCUGUCCUGACCGCUCAACAGAUCGAAACCAUCUUCUUUAAAGUGCCUGAGCUCUAUGAGAUCCACAAAGAAUUCUAUGAUAGCCUUUUACCCAGAGUGCAGCAGUGGAGUCACCACCAAUGUGUGGGAGACCUUUUCCAAAAACAAGCUAGCCAGCUUGGAGUGUACAGGGCCUUUGUGGAUAAUUACGAACUCGCAGUGGAGACAGCAGAGAAGUGCUGUCAAGCGAACACACAGUUCGCAGAGAUCUCUGAGAGUCUCAAGGUCAGGAGCACCAAGGAGUGCAAGGACCUCACAGCCAAAUACUCACUGGAAACUCUGCUUUAUAAACCAGUGGACAGAGUGACCCGGAGCACGCUUGUUUUACAUGAUCUUCUGAAACACACACCUACUAGUCACCCAGAUUACCCCCUUCUGCAGGACGCCCUCCGCAUCUCACAGAACUUCCUGUCCAGCAUUAACGAAGAGAGCACACCUCGCCGACAGUCCAUGACAGUGAAGAAGGGAGAGAACCGUCAGCUGCUGAAGGAUGGCUUCAUGGUGGAGCUUGUUGAAGGGUCUCGGAAACUACGCCAUGUUUUUCUCUUUACUGACCUCCUGCUCUGUGCCAAACUGAAGAAACAGAUUGGAGGUAAGAGCCAGCAGUAUGACUCCAAGUGGUACAUUCCUCUCUCGGACCUCACUUUCCAAACAGCAGAAGAGUCUGAGCCCCUGCCUAUCCCACAAGCCCCUGAUGAGGAGCUGGAUGCCAUUAAGAUCAAAAUCUCGUCCCUGAGGAGUGAGAUCCCGAGAGAGAGGAGGACCAUCAAAGGUUCAAAGGUUAUGGAGAGGCUGAAAAAGAAGCUGUCGGAACAGGAAUCGCUACUGCUGCUGAACUCUCCUUACAUGCCCCUCAGAGUACACAACCGCAAUGGAAAGAGCUACAUUUUUCUGAUCUCAUCGGACUAUGAGCGUGCCGAGUGGAAGGAAGUGAUCCGAGAACAGCAAAAGAAAUGCUUUAAGACCUUCAACCUGACAUCCAUAGAGCUUCAGAUGCUCACCAACUCCUGUCUCAAACUCCAGACGGUCCAUCAAUUACCCCUCACUGUCAAUAAAGAGGAGGAUGAAUCUGCUGGACUGUACGGAUUUUUGAAUGUAAUUGUCCAUUCUGCCUCUGGACUUAAACAGAGCUUAAAUCUGUAUUGCACAUUAGAGGUGGACUCCUUCGGCAUCUUCGUGAAUAAAGCCAAAACAAGAGUGUACAGAUACACCACAGAACCCAAGUGGAAUGAGGAGUUUGAGAUUGAGUUGGAGGGCUCCCAAACAUUACGUCUACUGUGUUACGAGAAAAGCUACAACAAAGCUAAGAUGAACAAGGAGGAUGGAGAGAGCACGGACAGAAUUAUGGGCAAAGGCCAAAUCGCGUUGGAUCCACCGAUGCUCCAGGGUAAAGACUGGCAGAGAACAGUCAUACCUAUGAAUGGGAUUGAGGUGAAGAUAUCCAUGAAGUUCACCAGCCGUGAGUUCAGCCUGAAGAGAAUGACUUCACGGAAGCCCAUGGGUGUCUUUGGAGUAAAUAUCUCCACAGUGACAAAACGGGAACGCUCUAAAGUGCCCUACAUCGUCAGACAGUGUCUAGAGGAGAUCGAGAGAAGAGGAAUGGAGGAAGUGGGCAUCUACCGUGUCUCAGGAGUGGCCACUGACAUUCAGGCACUCAAGACUGCCUUUGACACCAAUAAUAAAGACGUGUCAGUAAUGAUGAGUGAGAUGGAUGUGAACGCCAUUGCCGGAACGCUGAAGCUGUACUUCAGGGAGCUUCCUGAGCCCUUGUUCACCGACGAGCUCUACCCUAACUUUGCAGGAGGCAUUGCUCUUUCAGACAGCGUAGCUAAGGAGAGCUGUAUGCUGAAUCUCCUGCUUUCUCUCCCAGAGACCAACCUGGUCACCUUCCUCUUCCUGCUGGAUCAUCUCAAGAGGGUUGCAGAAAAAGAGAGCGUAAACAAGAUGUCUCUUCACAAUCUGGCCACCGUGUUUGGGCCAACCCUGCUACGACCUUCUGAGAAGGACAGUAAAAUCCCCACUAACCCCACACAGCCUAUCACGAUGGGGGACAGCUGGUCACUGGAAGUCAUGUCACAGGUGCAAGUUUUGCUGUAUUUCCUUCAGCUGGAGACCAUCCCGACGCCAGACAGUAAGAGACAGAGUAUCCUGUUUUCCACAGAGGUGUAAGGGAAUCCUUAUUCCCAUUGUAAGUCUUAUACCAGUGGGAGAGGGAGUAAGCAAGCAUGUCCACCCACUGGGUAUAACGGACACUGGAAUGCACAAGAGCAACUCCACCUGAGCAAAAGCAGGAGUGCUUUGCCUUUUGCGCUUUUUUUCUAGCUGUCGCCACUAAGGGGCAAAGCAACCCUUUUAAACGGUGAAGAACUCGACAUACUCCGAGCACACCUUAAAUAUUACUGAACACUCCAUGUGAACCGCCAGUUUUCCUCUGAACAUCAGUGUCCGUUCAGCACCUUUGCUUUUGAUUUAGUGACUCCUCAGAUCCCUGAGCACGCUCUUGUGUCUGGUCAUUCAUAUCAGCCGGUGACAGUGAAAUCGGUCUCUUCUGGCUUUUUGUGUUUGUCCUCAUUUCACCUGUCCCCACUGGUCACUGAUGCUCUUUCUGUGCUGCUACAAUUCAGUAUCCAGCUCCAAACCAUUCCAGAUUUUGGAUCCUUUUAUAUGAUAGAUAAUUACAUGGCAUUCAAAACGUAGUUCUUAUUGCAGACUCUUUAAAAAGUCAAAUGGAUAGUUCCUAUUAGUGUAUGUCGAUCAUUUAAAUGACUUCAUUUUAAAAGGAUUUCUUUGUAGAUGAUGAUGUUUGGUUUAGUUAUUGUCAGUGUUGAUGUGAUUCUAAUUUAAGAUAACAUUGAGAAACAAACAAAUUUGAGAUUUAUUUUUUAUUUUUUUAGCCCAUACCUCUCUAUGAAGCAAUAUUUAAGCAUUCAUGAGUGUGUUUAAAAACAAAUUCUACAUGUUUCAUUAUGCUUUCGUAGUCGUAAGAUUUUUCUCCCUCAUAUUUUGGGAGAGCGGGAAGUACAUUCAAUGUGUUUUUCUUUAUUCUGUUUUUUUUUUUUUAUGUAAUAUAGAAUAAUUAUUAUUUAUUUGGGGACAGAUAUCAACAGCAGUGUCUUUCCAAAGUACGUCUAUGUUUAUCGCUAACUUAUCCGUGUUACGAAGUACUGUAGAUUCCUUACAUAUCCUCUUGUCUUUUUGAAUCUUUUCACCAUUUGAAAUGCUCAGAGGAUAGCACACAACAUUAGCGUUUCCCCUGCCAUAUAUAUCUAGUGUUGAGAGAUGACCAAACGGAGAGGUUUUUAGCUUGCACUAGUCUUUCACAUCUGCUCUCUCUCAAGCUUCACAGCACACUGUGGUUUAUGUCUCACUGAGAAGCAUACAGCAGUGCCUCUCUGUCUCAGCGGAAGACAUUAAGGUUAAAAAAAACAACAACAACGCUGUAUAUAGCACAAUCUUAUUCUUGAAUCCCGUCAGAUGGUUUAAUGAAGGAAGGGUUAAUAAUGGAUGCAGUACAGGUAUUUUGUCUUUAUAGCAAUUCUGUUCAUUUUAUCAGUAAAAAUGAAUGCUCUUAAGCUUAUUUCAGUUAAAGGUGCUUUAGUUACUUUAUUUAACAUGCAGGCAUGUUUUUUGAUUUAAAAGUGUUUUUAAUGUUUUGUUUUUUUAAGUUUGAUAAGUGUCUGUGCGUUUUGAGAUGUAACGUUAUACCAAAUUCUGGCUACUGUAGAAGGAUUUUGAAGACUGUCAUAGAUACAAAAAGUGAUGCAGCAGUUGAAAAGGAAUCGCUGUUAAACCACCAUCUAACUUUAUCAUUAACGUGUGCAGUAAAAGUGUGUCUGAGACUUUUCAUCUUGUCUGUCCUCUUUCUUGAUUGUUGACACUAAAUGUACAUUUCCUGUAUCUUGCACCUGUCCGAACUGAAUUCAGCAUCACAUGUGGGUUUCUUCUGGAGAUAUCCCGCUUUUUGUAAUAUAAAGCUCUUGACAUCAAACUGUGAUCUACUGCUAUCAGAAGGCAUUAGGUGAUUCAAAGCAUUCCCGUUGAGUGAAUUGCUUAUUUAAUGUGCUUUUUUUUUGAUUGUUGAAUGUUACUGGGUUAGGAAUAUUGGACAUAAUGGGAGUGAUACCGCGCAUGAUGUUUGAGAAGUGGUGUUACUUUGCACUGCACAUAGUUUAAAGACUAAUGUGAUUUAAAUUUCUUAUAAACGUAAUGAGAUUGUAUCACACAGUAGGAAACGUCUACAAGCAAAUUAAUCACAUCUUCUGAAGUCUUGCAUUUUACAUUAUAACCAGAUUUAUUUGUAUCCACAAAGUACAACAGUUUUGAAAUGAUUGGUCAUGAAAGCACCGCAAGGGUCUAUUUGUGUCGUCCAUUGUAAUGUUAUGAUGAUUUAUGUUGAAACCUUGCCUUUAAACACAUGAAGACAUGCUGGACAGCCACCGGGACAGGCUUUGGAUGCUCUCCUUUUUUCCCUCUUUUAAGUUUUUUGUCACUAUUUAUUCUUGCUAAUACCUUAAUGUUCUGGUUAUAGGACUGUUCUAAUAGAUAAAGAAUUCUGGAGACUGAAAUGUUUGGAAGGCAUUUGUGGCCUAUGUUUAUACACAAAAUGUUGAAUAAAACCUCCUGUAUAUGAA